GCUGCUAAUCCAAACAUCUACGAGUGAAACUCUGUUCGAAAAGGUCUAUAAUAAAAAGAGGCAACCAAGAAUUGUAGGAGGAUCAGAAGUUCAGCACAGGAUCUUUUAUCCAUUUCAGGUGCAAGCAAAUUCAUAACUGCACGAAGAAAAUCAGAGCCUUGUUCAAAAUUAACUGCUCUUUAUAGGUGUCUGUGAGGUAUAAAUCUCUACACAUUUGCGGUGGUGCAAUAGUACAUGCUCGAUUCAUAUUGACAGCAGCUCAUUGCGCUUUUCAUAACGAGAAGUUAUUGAAUCUCGAAGAAUGUUCGAUAGUUGUUGGCGAUUUGACUGUUUAUGAACCCAAAAAUUCAACAAUCUGGAGAAAGAUCUGGAGAAGACAUCAACAUCCACGGUAUUUUUCUACAAUGAUACAAAACGAUAUCGCUCUACUGGAGCUUGGAGAACCUCUUGAAAACAAUGCAUUCAUCAGACCAAUAGCUCUAUCAUCGAAAGAUCCGAAACCAGGAACGAUUUGCAGAGUAUCUGGAUGGGGUUUAACGAAGGAAGGAGAAACAGUUCUCAUUGCUCACCCUUAUUUGAAAGAAAUAGAGGUUUCAAUACUUCCUUCUAAGGAAUGCUUCCUAUUCUUCUCUUGGAUGUCUUUCGACAACUCAAAGAUUUGCGGAUUCAGUGAAAAGGGAUGCCCAAACUUGGGUGACUCUGGUGGACCACUCAUCUGUAAAGAUCACUUAUCAGGGGUGAUUUCAUUCGGUAGAAUGCAUCACUGUUUGGGUGCUGCAAACUGUUUUACCUCGACGCAUUACCAUCAUAACUGGAUACAGUAUAUAAUUUCUCAGUCUGAGUAUAAGCGAAGAAAUGGUGAUUAUUUAACUUUCAAAUUCAUCGAUAUAUUCAAAUAUUUCAAUUUCUUUGUGAAAUCAUUGAAGAAAUUCUUCAUUUUUUGA